AUGGUAUCUCGAAAUGAUCUUGAUCUUGAAACAAAAAUCAAUUUAAUUAAGGAUAAAGAACUUGGUUUAUCUCACCGUGAAUUAGGUAAUAGAUUUCGAGUUUCAAUAGGUGCGGUCACAAAUAUCCUCAAAAGAAAACAAGAAUAUAUUUCUGAUUAUGAAUCUAAUUUGAACAAAAAAGUAAAACGUAAGAUUCACAAUGAUCUUGGUCAAUCGAUUAAUGAUAGUGUAUACGAAUGGUUUGUCUCACAAAGAGCGAAGAAAAUUCCUGUUUCAGGUCCAAUUUCGCAAGCCUAUGCUAAAAAAGUUGCACAAGAAUUAAAUGAUUCAUCAGGUUUUAAAGCAAGCAACGGAUGGCUAGAACGUUUUAGAGUGCGUUAUAAUGUUAAUUUUCGUGUUAUUUCUGGCGAAGGAGCUGCUGUUGAUGUACAUACAAUUAAAGAUUGGAAAGUACGUUUACCCCAAAUUAUUGAGCAUUAUAGCCCUGUUGAUAUUUAUAAUUGUGAUGAAACCGGGCUUUUCUUUAAACUCAUGCCUGAUCGAUCUCUGGUGGUUAAUGCUGAUGAUUGUAGAGGUGAUAAUGCACCAGUACAUCCACCAGAUAUUAAGCUACACAACAUUAGCCUCAAAUUCUUUCCUGAUAACACUACCGCCAUUAUUCAACCAUUGGAUCAAGGGGUGAUUCGGACAUUUAAAGCGAAUUAUCGAAGACAACUUGUCCAGCAUAUAAUUGCAAAUGAUGGUGGUUCUCAUUCAGCUGAUGAUGUUGCAAUAACAGCAUUAGAUUCUAUCUGUUGGAUCGAUACUGCUUGGAAAUCGAUCACAGAAAUGACUUUACGCAAUACAUUUAAACAAGCAAGUUUUGAUUUACCUGUUGUUUCUCAAGAUUCAACAUUAGCACAAGCACAAUUUAAAAAUGAAGAUGUCGUUACAGAUAAAAUCAAAUAUCUAAAUGAACUUAAUAAAGUACUUAAACAUAUUACAAUUGAUGGUGAUAUUAUGCCUGCUGUCGAUUUUGUCGUGAGUCUUAAAUGA